ACGCAAGUUACCCAUAACCCAGCAAUCCUACGUGUUGCCCCUUGUUCAUCACCUUCGAUCACCUUCACCUAUCAUUUCACAAUUGGACGAGGAUGUUCCCACCACAAGCCGACACGAUCGGAAGGCGGAAUUCUUGCAGUCAGCCUCCAUCGCCGUCGGAGAGCAUGAAUACAUUCACCGGCAACUCUAGCGUCCUCGCACCGAGCCCAAGGCCGUCACCAGCGCUCGGACCACCCACGACAGACCAACCCCAGUGGACCCACCCAUCACAGACGCCAUCUAACGCCCAGGACCAGGCGCCUUCACCCCAUCCAGCACCCACAUAUCCAUCUGCAACAUCGCCCAGCGGCUCGCCGCCCCAGACGCCCCAGGUAGCCGCCCACAUGCCCCUACUCUCGCAAAUACCCGAAAUCGCCGUCAUACACCCGAUGCUCGAGCUCAACGCAAGCCGAAUCGAGCUCGACUUCUCCGUAAGCCUCGCCUGUGCGCGCGUAUGGGGCAGCGUGACUGAGCCAGCGACUCUACCGCCUUUACCAUCAUUGGCGGUAGUCAGCCGGAUGCUGCCGUGGCCUAUAGUCGUACAGAGGUCGGCUAAUCGGGAGUGGGUGACAGUGGCGGAUGUGGUUGAGAGUAUCUGGCGCGCGUUGCAGGUCCCUAUUCCGUGGUCGCCGUCGCCUUCGCCUUCGUUGCUCAUGGGUGUAGAGCGCGAUGACCAGUAUAGGGAUAUGGUUGCCUACCCUAGACUGGCAUAUCUGAACGGGAGAACUCGGUUCAUGGGCCUAACCAAGGACGACGAUGAGAGCGAUACGUGGGUUCUCCACGUCGCCUAACGCAUUCCAGAGAUGACACCAUAUAACCACCAAUACCAGCAUUAGUACACCUUCGCAUUCCAUUAGCACCACCCAUUCAAUUUUUUGCAUUUGUAACUACACACCUUGUAACCAGGAAGAAAUCGGGUUGAUAUCUCGCAAACACUUUUCUUUUUGGGACCCUUUCCAUCCGAGAAUCUCCGAGAGCCUAGGAAAACAACUGCGGUGUAGAACGAGGCCGUAACAUAGGUAUUGAAGAAGGGGAUUGAAUCAUCACAGAUAUAUCAUGGGUGUUAAGAGUAAAUGACUCAGGCGGCUCCACCGCUCCC